CAGCAACAACCAUCACUACAAACUCCGACUGUCCCCUCCAGGCCCUUUUCCCUCUAUAAACCUGCCGUUUUCUGUCUCCCAAGUCAUCCCAGUUUAGAAUUACGCCAGGAAAUAAUGAAUAAACAGAGAGAGCCUAGUUUGUUUAUUUAUUUACAAUCCACAAGCCUAAUCUAGUUUCGAUCCAGCGGCUGUGUAGGGUGCCAAGGAGGAAGGAAGGAGAUGGCAGUGCGGGGACAGGGCAGAGCCUGGGCCAAAAGAAGCCACACCCAGUCGCUGCCCGGCCCUGGCCGACACAGCAACGUGACCCCGAGAGACAGCCAGCUGGUCCAUGCUUCCCCGAGACUGGCUGUCAGUGGCCGGAAGUGGCCCGCCCGGGAGCGGGGAAAGGUGCCUUAAGGAGGAGCCAGGGGCGGGCGGCCAAUCGGAAGCGACCGUCCCAGCGAAUUGGGCGGAAGAGGAGCGAUCCAGUUCCGGACGCGGCCGCCGCCGCCACCGCUGCCGCCGCCAUCUGUCACCUCCGCUCCGGCACCAGCAGCCAGUCGCCCCUGCCCCGCCUGUCUCCUCGGCGGAGCCUGCUUCCCGUCCUGCCACCUCUCUGCUCUGUUUUUGUCGCUGCCUUCAUCCCCCAAUGGAUCUGGUAGGAGUGGCAUCGCCUGAGCCCCGGCCGGCAGCGGCCUGGGGACCCAGCAAGUGUCCAUGGGCUGUCCCUCAAAAUACAAUAUCUUGUUCUUUGGCUGAUGUAAUGAGUGAACAGCUGGCCAAAGAAUUGCAGUUAGAAGAAGAAGCUGCUGUUUUUCCUGAAGUUGCUGUUGCUGAAGGACCAUUUAUUACUGGAGAAAACAUUGAUACGUCCAGUGACCUUAUGCUGGCUCAGAUGCUACAGAUGGAAUUUGACAGAGAAUAUGAUGCACAGCUUAGGCGUGAAGAAAAAAAAUUCAAUGGAGAUAGCAAAGUUUCCAUUUCCUUUGAAAAUUAUCGAAAAGUGCAUCCUUAUGAAGACAGCGAUAGCUCUGAAGAUGAGGUUGACUGGCAGGAUACUCGUGAUGAUCCCUACAGACCAGCAAAACCGGUUCCCACUCCUAAAAAGGGCUUUAUUGGAAAAGGAAAAGAUAUCACCACCAAACAUGAUGAAGUAGUAUGUGGGAGAAAGAAUACAGCAAGAAUGGAAAAUUUUGCACCUGAGUUUCAGGUAGGGGAUGGAAUUGGAAUGGAUUUAAAACUAUCAAACCAUGUUUUCAAUGCUUUAAAACAACAUGCCUACUCAGAAGAACGUCGAAGUGCUCGCCUACAUGAAAAAAAGGAGCAUUCAACAGCAGAAAAAGCAGUUGAUCCUAAGACACGUUUACUUAUGUAUAAAAUGGUGAACUCUGGAAUGUUGGAGACAAUCACUGGCUGUAUUAGUACAGGAAAGGAAUCUGUUGUCUUUCAUGCAUAUGGAGGGAGCAUGGAGGAUGAAAAGGAAGAUAGUAAAGUUAUACCUACAGAAUGUGCCAUCAAGGUAUUUAAAACAACCCUUAAUGAGUUUAAGAAUCGUGACAAAUAUAUUAAAGAUGAUUUCAGGUUUAAAGAUCGCUUCAGUAAACUAAAUCCACGUAAGAUCAUCCGCAUGUGGGCAGAAAAAGAAAUGCACAAUCUCACAAGAAUGCAGAGAGCUGGAAUUCCUUGUCCAACAGUUGUACUACUCAAGAAACACAUUUUAGUUAUGUCUUUUAUUGGCCAUGAUCAAGUUCCAGCUCCUAAAUUAAAAGAAGUAAAGCUCAACAGUGAAGAAAUGAAAGAAGCCUACUAUCAAACUCUUCAUUUGAUGCGGCAGUUAUAUAAUGAAUGUACACUUGUCCAUGCUGACCUCAGUGAGUACAACAUGCUGUGGCAUGCUGGAAAGGUCUGGUUGAUUGAUGUCAGUCAGUCAGUAGAACCUACCCAUCCUCAUGGCCUGGAGUUCUUGUUCCGGGACUGCAGGAAUGUCUCGCAGUUUUUCCAGAAAGGAGGAGUCAAGGAAGCCCUUAGUGAACGAGAACUCUUCAAUGCUGUUUCAGGCUUAAACAUCUCAGCAGAUAAUGAAGCUGAUUUUUUAGCUGAGAUAGAAGCUUUGGAGAAAAUGAAUGAAGAUCACGUUCAGAAGAAUGGAAGGAAGGCUGCUUCAUUUUUGAAAGAUGAUGGAGACCCACCAGUACCAUAUGAUGAAUAGCACUGAUACCCACUGCUUCAGUGUUAACACACACACCAGUGAUUGUCAGCUGCCAAUAGCAAAUGAAGUUAUGGGUGACCCGAAAUACCAAAACAUGAGGAGUGGACAAUGGUGCUUCUGUGCUUUUUCCCCUUGUAACCCAUGUGCCAGAUGUGUGGAAUUUUUAGCUCAGCAUUGAGAGAAUAAAAUGUCACUACCUCUCAUCUUAUGGACAGGAACAUAUAAUUCUUUAACAGCUAUAGGUUAUCUGGCUGAAAUAGACCUUAUUUUAUGUGACUUGUGGUGUAAAAUGUCUUGAUUAAUUUUUUAAACUUAGGUAACAUUUCCAAAUAUGGGAGGAAAGGACAGAUGUGUUUACAAGGGAGGGUUUCAUUACAACAUAUUUGCUUUAUUCACCUCCCUGUUUAGUGUUGAGUCUUUCCUUGAAGAUUUUAUUGGCCCAGAAUUAGCCUUUCUCAAUUAUGUUUCCAGACUGUGACCAUUAUUCUAAAGGAAAAUAUAUGUUCUUUAUUGGGUAAAACAAAUGGAAAUUUGGCUUCAGAAUGGCUGACAGAAAUAGACAUAAGCAAUGUAAUUUUUGUCGAUAUAUCAUGAACAGAAUUCAUUUUCCAUACUUAUAUCUAAGAAAAGGCAUCAUAGGUUUCUGAAAGAGAUAAAUAUAUAACAGCUUUUUAACUAUCCAGUUAGCUUUCAGUUUUUCUACAUUUAGGUAAAAAGAUUAGGAUAUAACUCAUGGUGUGGCUGAUCUACAUUUAUCAUAAAAAUUUAAAUUAUCUGGAAGGACAGAAUAUAAGAUUUAAACAUGUUUGAUGUAUUUUAGUUAAUGAGGCAAAAUUUAGUUUACAGUUCACUAAAACUGUGCACUUGAUUGAUUUUCAGAGAAAUAUAGCAAAAUAAUUAGAAAUACUAAAUAAUCAGAGGAUGAAAACUAUGUAUAAAACAAUUUAGGAGCCAGGAGUGGUAGACCACACCUGUAAUCCCAGCACUUUGGGAGGUUAAGGUGAGCAGAUCACUUGGGGUCAGUAGUUCAAGACCAGCUUGGGCAACAUGGUGAAACCCCGUCUCUACUAAAAAUACAAAAAUUAGCUGGGUGUGGUGGCACUUGCCUAUAAUUCCAGCUUCUCAGGAGGCUGAGACAGGAGAAUUGCUUGAACCUGGGAAGCAGAGGUUGCAUUGAGCCGAGUUCGUGCCACUGCACUCCAGCCUGGGUGACAGAGUGAGACUCUGUCUCCAAAAAAAAAAAAAACCAAUUUGGAUACCAAAUUAACCAAGUAAUUUGAGCUACCUGGCCUUACUUUUAAUAGUUUUUAGUACGGGCUGGACACUACUUUUAAAAAAGCAAUCACUGUAUUAGGAAAGUGUAUUGGCUUUGUUAGGACUGAAGUUCAUAACUUCAGUGUAAUCAUUCCUCCUAUUACUGAAAUCAGAUUGGAACCACUAAAGAUCCAAACCUUCUGUCUGGUAAUAAAAAGUAAAAAUCUAGACAUCCUUUACAUUUGAAAGCUGUUUUUAAUGUUAUGUUAAAUUGCCAAAUAUGUACUUUCUAGAAAAAUAUUUAUUUUUGUUUUUGUUGGAUAGCUUUUAAUUGCAUUUCAGUGAAGUGUGAUUUUGGGUAGAUGCUCAUUACGUUUUUGAAAGGUUUACUAUUCCAAAAUAAAGAUUUAGAUGACUGGUGAUAUUGGCUUUACAGAAAUUUCAGAGAACUAAUUUUAAAAACCAUUAGCAUUUAGAACUUUUUUUGUUUUGUUUUCUGACAUAUUCUGACAAAGAGCAGCAAACCACUGCUGUGUGGCAUUCUUGGAGUGUGCUAUGAAUGUGCUUUUUAAGAAAUUAAAAAUGAAGAGAUCAUUUUAAAAUUG